CUCAGGGUACAGCUUGUCUGGUGCUGGGAUGGUUUACAGGCCAAUCGCAGCAUUUUCGCCUGAGUUAGACGUCAUCGCCUACCGCAGCUCCACAGGACCUCAAACAAAAAAUGUAUUUCAAAAUAACAUCAAUCGCCACCUCACGUUAAUUGAUAAGGUCCUUCCCAUGAUCGUCAGGUGAUGGCUAAACCGUGACUGCGUGAGGUGGAGGAAUAAGAAAAGUGAAAAAUCCGUCCGUUCGCAAGGAUCUCUGGGAGUUGUAGUCAUUGCUCUACAGCGACUCCAUUAAGUUGCCCUUUUCCGACCUGGAAAACGUACUCCAACCCCCAGCAUCCCCCACACACCGGAGCGUUACUGCGUCUACUCUCCGCUUCCGCCAGUAUGUUGGUGAUAGGUUUGAAUGUCACUGGCAUAUUACUGAUGUCCCGCAAAUAGUAUGCAGGAAAGAAGUGUCUAGAAGUGAUGUUUGGCCGUUCGAGAAGCUGGGUUGGCGGGAGCUCCGGGAAGUCCCCUCGAAACAUUCAUUCGUUGGAGCAUCUGAAGUACAUGUACCAUGUCUUAACAAAGAACACAACUGUGACAGAUAGUAAUCGUAACCUGCUGGUGGAGACCAUUCGUUCUAUUACAGAAAUCCUCAUUUGGGGAGAUCAAAAUGACAGCUCUGUUUUUGACUUUUUCUUGGAGAAAAACAUGUUUGUUUUCUUCUUAAAUAUCUUGCGCCAGAGAUCCGGACGCUAUGUUUGUGUACAGCUGCUUCAGACCAUCAAUAUCCUAUUUGAAAAUAUUAGCCAUGAGACCUCUUUGUAUUAUCUGUUGUCUAAUAACCAUGUCAACUCUAUCAUCGUGCACAAGUUUGACUUCUCUGACGAAGAAAUUAUGGCAUAUUACAUAUCAUUCCUGAAGACACUUUCCCUUAAACUUAACAAUCACACGGUGCAUUUUUUCUACAAUGAGCAUACUAAUGAUUUUGCCCUGUAUACGGAGGCCAUUAAAUUUUUCAACCAUCCAGAGAGCAUGGUCAGAAUUGCUGUCAGGACAAUCACCCUUAAUGUGUAUAAAGUGUCAUUGGAUAACCAGCUUAUGUUGCACUACAUCAGAGACAAAACAGCAGUUCCCUAUUUCUCCAAUUUAGUUUGGUUCAUUGGAAGCCACGUGAUUGAGUUGGACAACUGUUUGCAAACUGAUGAAGAGCAUAGAAAUAGAGCCAGAUUGAGUGACCUGGUGGCUGAACAUUUGGAUCACCUGCAUUACCUGAAUGAUAUCCUGACCAUUAACUGUGAAUUCCUGAAUGAUGUACUAACAGACCAUCUAUUAAACAGACUUUUUCUGCCAUUGUAUGUGUAUUCGUUGGUGUCUCAAGAACAGAUUAUGGCAUGCAUGACAAUACUGGGCAAGUUCACCAGCAAGUAUGAAUAUGAGACUUUCUGGACAUAG